UGUAUAUUGUAUUAUCCUGUAUAUUUUGCCAUAAUAGUUCACGAAUUUGCCACUGGUACGCUCUUAUCCCAAGCUUUCUAUUUUAGAAAUGGACAUCCACCGUAAUUUAUUUGUAAAACUAGAAAUUUUACAAAGCAAUUGUUAGAUAAAGAUAUGAUACAUUAAUGAACAACUAAUACUGGUACAAAGCCUAAAAGUUUCAAAUGAAUAUAGUAAUACAAAAGAGAAAGGUAACGGAACCACAAGUUAAAUAAAAAAGAGUAAAAAAACCAAUAAAUUAUUAUAUUAUCUAUUGUGAUCUUUCGACGAUUGAUUCUAUUUAAAAAUGUCCGUGACCUUUGCUCAACGCGGCAGGCCACCACCGAAUCCUGCUCAAAUACAAAAGAUGCUUGAUGAAAAUAGUCAACUAAUACAGACAAUACAAGAAUAUCAGAAUAAAGGAAAACCUCAAGAAUGUAUACAAUAUCAGCAAAUGUUACAUCGGAAUUUAGUAUAUUUGGCAUCCAUUGCUGAUGCAAAUCAAAAUAUACAAGCAUUAUUACCACCUCCACAAGGAAUUCCUAAUGGUCCUCAACAUGGUAUGAUGAAUCCACAAGGUCUUCCUAAUGCUCCUACAGGAUCAAGUGGACCUGCAGGUGAUAUGCCCCCAAAUAGUCAACCAACAUUACCAAUGUCAAGCUUUAGUCAAGGGCAACCAAUGUCACAAGGAUAUCGUGGUCCUGUUAUGCCUGGGCAAGGACCUACUAUAAAUAGACCACCUGCUGCACCUGGGCCACAACAAUAUAGAGGACCUCAAGGUUAUCCUCAACAACCUUCUCAACAAACUUAUCCUGCUCAGUAUGCUAACCAAAAUCCUGGUUCUAAUUAUCAAGGACCACAAGGAUCAGCAUAUACUCCAGGUCAACCAAAUCAAUAUGGGCCACCAAAUACUUCUCAACAACAAGGAUAUAGCACAUCAACACAACCUAAUUAUGGUCCUCCAACUACUGUGAAUAGUUAUGGUCCUCAACCAGGAUAUCCACCACCAGGAACAACUCAACCUCCUACAGGAUAUGGUCCACCACCACCACCAAAUCAACAAGGUUAUCCUCCUUCUAAUCCUUCUCAACAAAACUUUCCAUCAAGGCAACAACAACCAGGACAAUAUGGUAGUCCUAGUCCACAACCAAAUUAUCAACAACCUCCGUCUCAAGCUCCACCUCAAAAUGCAUAUGGAGGUGGUCAACCUGGAAAUUAUCCUCCUCCUUCAUCACAAGCAUAUGCAAAUAAUGUUCCACCUCAAAAUUAUCCAGCUCCUCCUACAUCUAGUGCUCAACCUCCUCAAGCUGGAUCUCAACAAAAUACUGGUCCUCAACCAAAUUAUGGUAAUCAACCAAGUCCUGGUCCUGGUGCAACACAAUAUGGUCCAGCUUCUACAUCUCCACCAUUCAGUACUGCUUCUGCCAGUGGAGUAAACACCUAUGCUCAGAGUAGUCAACCAACUAGUACACCAUCUGCUUCAACUCAAACUUAUCCACCAAAUAGUGCCCCACCACCUACUUCACAAGGUGGAAAUUAUGCUCCUCCAGGUCCUACUCCAUCUGGAUAUCCUGUGCAUCAAACACCUCAUCCAUCAUCACAUCCACCACAUCAGCCACCACAUCAAUCUCCACAUCAACCUCCUCAUGCCCCUCAUCAACCACCACAUCAACCCUCUCAUCAAUCAACUCAUCAACCUCCUGCACAUCAGACACCACAUCAACCACAACAGUCUCAACAACAAUCUCAGACACCACCACAAUCUCAACAACAACAAUCUCAAAGUCCUGCUCCUAGUGGAUUUCAACCACCUUCAGGACCUCCUCAAGGUCCUGCUCCACCUCCAGGACCACAACCGCAGCCUGGAUAUGGUCCUGCUACUACACAGACAUAUGUACCACCAACACCAGGAGGACAGCCACAGGUAUAUACUCCUCAUCCACCUCAAGCUGGCCAACAUUAUGGACAUCCACAGUAUCCUCAAAGUUAUCCACCACCACCAGCAGGGCAAGGAUAUCCUCAAUAUCCACCACGACCACCUGGUGGACAUAUGCCUCCUCCCCCAGGUCCUCAAGGACCUCCUCCACCAAAUCAAUAUGGAGGUUAUGGAUAUCAACCACCUCCACAAUAGAGUAUACAUUAAUGUAAAUUCAUUCUAAUAUAAAAAUGAUUUAACUACAAAUUGAAAACAAAUGAUAUAUAAAAUUUUAAUUUAAUUCUUAAUAGCAUAUCGUCCAAUGUUAUAUAAUGAAACAAUAGAAAAUAUAUAUUACUAAGGAAAGGUGCUGCUAAAAUUUCAUUAAGUUUCUAAUAAUUCGAAAUUAUACUUUCGAUUUUUUCAAAUAAGAUAUGAAAUAUGAUUUAAUAUUAUAAAAUAUAUUUCAAUAUACAGAAAAAAA